AUGAAGGCUAUGGAAAUUAUGGAAUGGUGGAUGGAGGCUAUGGAGGCUAUGGAGCGUCUGCUGCGUUUGAGUGAGAGAGAAAGAGAGAGGAGAAAAGAAAAGAAAAUAUGGGGAAAAGCCAGAGAUCGUAAAAAUUUCCCAGAAUUUCCCAGAUCUAGAUUGGAGGAAGGCGGUGCUGGAUCAUUGGGUGGAGGAGGUAAAGAUGCAGUUGGUGGAAUGGCUCGAGGGGGAGGUGGGGAUGCCACCGGAGGUGUAAGGGAUGCUUGCGGAGGAGAGCCUCCUAGUGGCGGUGGCGGCGAAGAUAAAACUGGAGGGAGUGAUGCUGGUGGAGGGGCAGAUGGUGGGGGUCAUGUUGGUGGCGAUGGCGGUGGUGAAGUUGAUGGUGGGGUUGAAGUUGGCGGAGAAGGUGGCGGUGAGGUUGGAAGUGGUGUUAAUACCAGUGAGGGUGAAGCUAGCGGGGAUGGAGGAGGAGCAGCAGGGACUGGCGGUGGAGGAGAUUGA